AUGCUGUGCCGCAAACGCAAUAACACGUACAAUCAGUCCAGGCUGAUUGGAACUCUAAAGAACAUAAGUCCGAGUCCAGUUGAAGAUGCCAGGAUUAUUGGAGUACAUCCUAUUGUAGAUGAGGAUGAUGAUGAUGAUGACAAGCUUUGGAUGGAGUUAGUAAUGGAACGUAUUUUACGAGCGAUGGAUGCAUCACUUACAGCCAUGAAUAUCAUGACUUCUCAAAAUAUGAGCAAGAGAGUCUACCUCGAGGAUGUCAUUGAAAGAUGUGUACAGUUUACUAAAUUUCAGCUUUCAAAUACUGUGUAUCCUUCUUUUGAUCCAGUCUACAGAGUUGAUAGUAAAAAAGCAGAUGGGUUCGUGGGAAGUAUGAAGAGAAAGCGUGCUCAUUGCAAAGAUGUCCGCAAUCGUAGUAUUCUAGGUCUUUACAACAAGCUUCAUGAGGUGGUGGGCUUGCUGGCUGACCUUCUCAAUAUACAAACUCUCACAGACACUACAGUAUUGCAACUCUCCACCUUGGGUGUUGGCCCUUUUUUUGUUGAGAAUGUGUCAGAAUUGCAACUCUCUGCUCUCAGGCUUGUUACUAAGGUGUUCUCCAAGUACAACAAACACCGUAGAUUAUUACUGGACGAUAUUUUAGCUUCUAUAGCACGUUUACCUAAUAGUAAGAGGAGUUUGAGAACUUACAGAUUAAACUCUGAUGAAAAUAUUCAGAUGUUAACGGCCUUAGUGUUACAGUUAAUACAGUGUGUUGUUGAACUUCCGGAGCAGUUGGCACAAGCUGCUGGUGUUAAAAGUGCUAGUGAAGGUGAUAGUCAAAAUUCCAAAGAUUCUAAAGAGGCCAAAGUUGUGGAGGAAAAGAAAGAGUUAAGCAUGGACAGAGACGUAUUAGUGUGUAACCGCUAUGAAACUGCCAUGAGUACAGCAUAUAGUUUCUUAUCUGUGUUCCUUCAGAAAACUGGCAGUAAAAGUGAGGAAAUUGAUUAUAGACCAUUGUUUGAAAAUUUUGUGCAGGAUCUUCUUGCAACAGUGAACAAACCCGAAUGGCCUGCCUCUGAACUUCUCUUGUCACUUCUGGGCAAGCUUUUAGUACAAAAAUUUAGUAACAAAAACUCUGAUAUGGCCCUACGGGUAUCGUCACUGGACUGCCUUGGAGUGGUAGCUGCCAAACUACGCCGUGAUGCAGUCUCCUCUCAGUCGCAACUGGAAAGCAUCAAGGCUAUUAUUCAGGAGGUGAAGGAAGAAGAAAACCGAGGUGCUCCAAUGCUGGAGGACGGAUCUCCUCCUACAGAGAAUGGCACUGCAAAUGCUACAAAUACCCCUUCAAGCAAAAAAAGUAAAAAGAAAAAGAGUGGAAGCGAUAAAUUCAAGGAAAAUGAAAGACCAUCAGAUGAGGAAGAGGAGCGGACGAUGUUCCUGCAACGUGUGCUCUUAGACUGGUUGGCCGUCAAUUCUGGAAGUGAAUCUGCCCUCCUCCAUGCUAGACACUUUUUUAUUGGUCAGUGGUAUAGAGAAGCAUUCUCAGAGAUCAUGCGACAAAAGCAGGGACCUCUACCACAGCCUAGCGCAAGAAAAUCAGGGAGUCACAAUAAAAAGAAGAGAAAGAGAAAAGCUGAUGAAAGUGAAGAAGAAACCACUGAAGAAUCCGAGGAUGAAGAAGGAGGGAAGAAAGUGGGGCAGGUAGAUGAAGCUCUAGUGGCAGAGGUUACACAGCUAGCAGAAAAAAGGAAGUUAUUUCUUCUCACUAAGAUACCAGCCUUUCCACCAGCGUCACCGGGAGCCAAGACACAGACUCUGCAAACCCACAUAGAUUAUGAAAAUGCUGAGCUCAUCACCAGAUACUUGGCAUCAAAAAGACCAUUCUCUCAGAGCUUUGAUAUGUAUCUUAAACAGAUUCUGAGAGUACUGACGGAGUCUGCUAUCGCAGUGCGCACAAAGGCUAUGAAGUGCCUAACUAUGGUAGUUGAGGCGGAUCCUGGAGUUCUGUCUCGUAAUGACAUGCAGCUAGGUGUACACCACUCUUUUUUAGAUCAUUCAACUUCUGUCAGAGAAGCAGCUGUUGAUUUAGUUGGGAAGUUCGUGUUAUCACGUCCAGAAGUCCUUAACACUUAUUAUGAAAUGAUUUCUGCGAGAAUAUUGGACACGGGUGUUAGUGUAAGAAAACGUGUUAUCAAGAUCUUAAAGGAUAUAUGUCUCGAAUGUCCGGAUUUCAUCAAAAUUCCUGAGAUCUGUGUGAAGAUGAUCCGUAGAAUUAAUGAUGAAGAGGGCAUCAAGAAGUUGGUGCAGGAGGUCUUCCAGAAUAUGUGUUUUUUCAGAUAUCACAGCUUUAUCGUGGACUACAAAAGAUUAAAUGAGGACAAUCCAAAUAAUUCAAAAUUAGAAACCUUGAAACCACUCUUCAGAAGAGCACUCUACACUAUUGGUCUCCUCUUAAAAAACUUUGACCUCAAAGAUGAAAAAGUCAGAUGUGGAUUAUCGGAUGACAUUACAGAACAAGUGGUGGAGACGCUUUUAUAUUUUAUGGAUUCACCUGAUAUGAACCUUCGUUACUACACUUUACAAGCUUUGGGGUUUGUCUGUAUUCGCCAUUAUGAAUUGAUGAUGGGGAAUCGCUUGAAACAGCUAUAUCACAUGUUGUUACUAGAGCCAUCUGUAAGCAGUCAACUUCGAAUACAAACCCUUCAAAAUAUUGAGACUUACCUCCAGGAGGAAGAGGUUCGCAUGAUCAAGCAAGACCAAGAAUGGGCUAAGCAGAAAACCAGGGAGAAUUUGAAGGAAAUGUGUGACGUCCAAUCUGGCAUGGCCUCUGCCAUCAUUCAAGUCUACCUUAAGCAAGUAAGUGUUGAUACCAAACAAUGAUAGGUUAACUUCUUA